CACGCAAAGAUUUCAUAAAUCUUCAGAAACCCUUCUUCUCUAUCCAUUCUUCCCUCGCUCGCACCUCUUCGACAUCCACCGCUGCACCUCCAUUUACAUCGUCCAAACCCUAGAUUCCGUCGCCGGAGCAGCGGCAGCUUUUCAGAGUUCAGAGUAGAGAGUUUUCCGAAAAAUCCGGUUCCUUUCUGGUGCUCUCUGCAGCUAACACGAUUUUCUUCCAGGUCGUUGGUGAGAUCGGAGAUGGCGGCGGCAGCACAGCAACCAGUUAGUGCCCAAGUUGUUGGGCGCGCAUUUGUGAGCCAGUAUUAUCACGUGCUGCAUGUGUCGCCGGAGCUUCUUCAUAUGUUUUAUAAGGACAUAAGUAAGGUUGGUCGUCCAGAAGAGGAUGGCAGCAUUAGCAUCACCACCACUACCAAAGCCAUAAAUGAGAAGCUUCUUGGGCUCAAAUAUGGUGAUUUGAGUGUGGUGAUUAAGUCAAUAGAUUCUCAAGAGUCGUUUAAUGGUGGAGUGAUUGUUCUAGUAAGUGGGUAUAUGACGGGGAAGGACAAGAGAAGCCGCAAUUUUGCACACUCUUUUUUCCUUGCGCCUCAGCACAAGGGUUACUUUGUAUUGAAUGAUAUGUUUCGGUAUGUUGAGGCAGUGCCAGCAACAGCUCCGGAGAAUCAUGAGAAUAACACACCUCCCGCAGAGAAUGGCGAUGUGCCAAUUGUUGAAGAAGAAGCCCCGCUGGCUGAGGUUGUUGAUCAACUAGAAGAUGACACAUGGAUGAUUGUUGAAUCCAGUGCCAAAAUUGAGGGAAUUGAAGCACAAAGCACUUGAUGAAUCCUUCAA